AUGCUUGCAUGUGUUGUUGCUAUGGCUGUGUACAUGGAAAAUCUGCGGAUCUCUUUGCCAUAUUAUUCGAUCGAGAAGAAGCGCUUUUACACAACAAAAGUUCGACUUUUUGGGCAAUUUCCGUAUCUGCUAAGUAUUCUACUGGUAUGGUUCGUAUGCUAUUUGAUGACAAUAACGGGUUUUGAACCAGAAGGUGGCCAAGCCAGGACAGACAAAAACGUCUCCAUGACAGUACUAAGAGAAUCUCCAUGGUUUCAAGUGCCGUAUCCUGGGCGAUUUGGAUUGCCAAGAUGGAGUAUAGGACUCUGUAUGGCCUACUUAGCUUCUUGCUUAUCUAGUGUGAUUGAGAACAUUGGCUCGUAUGAUUUAUUGGCAAGAGUUUCGGAGCAACGACCACCACCCAAAAAUGCUGUCAACCGAGCGAUAAUGGUCGAAGGUAUCUAGAG